GCGUCGGGGGCGAGGACGCGCAGGGAUAGGACUCGCUCCGUCGCGUCGUCUCGUCCGCGCGAUCGACGACGUUGUCGAACCGCGCGAGGGCCUCGCGGCGAGGGUAGACGGCCGCGGGCGAGCGGCGGCGGGUCUACGAAACUCGAGACGGGACAUCCUCCACGUCGACGCGGAUCAGCGUAUCUCGCUCGGCGUCGAGCUAGCUAUCCUAUAGUAGGGCAGACGGGAUGAGGGUCGCCGGGGCCGCGUCGUUCGCGGCCCCGCGGGCGACCCCCUCGGCGCGCGCUCGCGCCGCCGCGAAACGCGCGGCGGCGACGGCGGCGGCGCGCCCCCCGACGCGCGUCGUCGUCGUCGUCGCGCGGCGCGAUUCCGAAAGAUGGGGGGGCGCGACCGCGCUCGCGCCCCCCGCGUCGUCGUCGUCCGUCGCGACGAAGAACACGACGCGAACGCGAACGCGAACGCGCGCGGUCGUGGACGACGCCGCGGACGGCUUCCUCCGCGAGGUGGCGCGCUCCACCGGCGGCGGGAACGGCGGCGGGGACGACGACGACGACGACGACGACGACGACGAGAAGCUGUUCGGGCUCCCCCGCGCCGAAGUCGGCGAGCCGCUCGCCGUUCUCCUCGCGUCGCAGUUCGUCCUCUUCCUCGGCGUCGGCGCGCUGCUCCCCGCGCUGCCGCUCUACGCGCAGAACAUCGGCCUCAGCGGCAGCGCGAACGGCAUCGUGCUCUCCGCGCCCGCGCUCGCGAUGCUCCUCCUGAACCUCCCCGCGGGGAAGCUCGUGGACUCGUGGGGACGCAAGCAGAUGAUGGUGGCGGGGAUGCUGAUCAUCGCGUUCAGGCGCGCGUUGGGUCUGGUCAUCGGACCGCUCGUCGGCGGACGCGUCGCGGAGAGCACGGGCGACGCCGCGUCGGUGUUUUUCCUCAUCUCCGGCGCCGCGUUCGCGUGCACCGCGGGGUACUCGCUGCUGCCGGACAUCAACGUCGCGGCGGAGCGCGAGGAGGAGUACAAGCUCAUGUCGAUGGACAUGACCGAGGACGAGGAGGAGGAGUUUCUGAUGGAGCGGGAGGAGAAGAAAGCCGCGGGGGAUUGGCGCACGCUGCUUCGGAGUAAUCGCCAGCGCGUGAUCACGUUCGCGGCGGCGGCGAACGCGCUCGGGUUCGUCGCGAAGCUGACGUGCAUCCCGUGGUUCGCGACCGCGGCGCUGGGCGCGACGCCGCAGCAGGUGGGCGAGCUGUUCAGCAUCACCGCGCUGUUGGGGAUGGCCUCGGCGCCGAUAUCGGGCGUCGUCGCCGACAAGAUCGGCCUGAAAUCCGUCCUCUUCGCGUCGCUGCUCGCGUGCGCCGUCGGCCUCGGCUUCGCGCAACACGCGUCCGACGUCCGCGAGCUGCAGCUGUGGAUCGGCCUGUGGGGCAUGGGCACCGCGGCCGCGGGGCCCGCGGUGAACGCGCUCGCGCAGGAGAGCGCGCCCGCGGGCGCGGAGGGGGAGGCGUUGACGUUGCCGAAAACCGCCGGGGACGUCGUCUUCCUCGUCGGGCCCGUCGCGUUGGGGCUCGCGGACGAUCUCCUCGGGAGCGAGGGCGCGAGCUUGGCGCUGGUGAGCGCGACCGCGGCGGCGAGCGCGGUGGCGACGUUGGCGUUCUUGAGCGCGUUGGGGGAGGAGGAGGGCGAGAAAGAGGUCGCCCGCUAG